CGGUAGCGGUGCUCUUCCAAUCCCGCAGCACUUGUCCUGCCUGCGGUCACAUCUUGUUGCCAGAACUUCAAUGACGCGGUGACACUGGAUUUCUUUGUUAUUCAUUCACGCUCUGCGGCUUUUCCUUCAUUAAAUCGCGUUUAUUUUGCAAAGCAUCUCACCGGGGCCCACACCCAGUGUUGCCGCAUUCCGUAUCCAUCCUCGCAGGCCAUUUGGAGUCGCUUUUGGAUGUUUUGUUGCGGAUCUAUGAGCCGUAGUUAAGACCUCUGUAAGGAUAAGAUUCCUAUUUAGAAACUGUUAGAUAAUAACGUCGUGUGGUACGUUUGUUGUACGUUUAACAGCUGCUUCUUGUUAUUUAUCCAAUCGUUGUCUUCUGUUGUGGCGAGACAUUUUCCGUCCGUGUUCAUGCCAGAUCUGCAGCGCUUUAGUUUUCCAUAUCAUAGCAUGAAUCCUUUGUUGGGGGCCAACACGCAUCUCCAACACCAGCCACAGCCGAUCCAAACGCCCGGACAUCUGGACUCUCCCUCAGGCCUCCUGCCCGACCUCGUCUUUAGUGGACGGGACCCGGCGGCCUUCGUGCUGGAUGAGCAGCCUGAUCAGUCUGGGCCUGACCUCGCCGCACCCUCACAGACCUCACCCUACCUCCACCACAAUCACAGCAGCCACUACCAGCACCGCGCUGUGCCGCAUCCACCUGCAGCCAUGGCACUCAGAAACGACCUAGGAUCCAACAUCAGUGUGCUCAAAACUCUCAAUCUGCGGUUUAGAUGCUUUUUGGCCAAAGUGCACGAGUUAGAGCGCAGGAAUAAGAUUUUAGAGAAGCAGCUGCAACAGGCGCUGGAUGCCAACAAAGGUAGUCAAGGGGGAUGCUGUGAGAAUAGGGCUCAUACCCAGGAAGCAGGUGUGCAGACUGGAUUUGUUGGUACUAUACCGCUCAGGCCUGGCUCCCUCCCCUUCCUCAACACCAACAACUCAGCCAGGAGGCCUACAACACUCUUCACACCACCACUCACAUCAUCCUUCUCACCUGCAGCUGCUGAGAACACCAGUUCAACAACUAACCCAUCCAUCAUUAUUAGCCAGUCCUCUCCCUGCAUGGACUCCCCUGGUGCUGGCUCUAGAACUGUCUCCAAUGGCACCAUGGGCCCAGGCUGCUCUACCAACCCUCCUCCACGGUUCCUCCCGGGCACCAUCUGGUCCUUCAACCACACCCGCAAGUUUGGCACCGGUGUGGAGCGUCUGACCAGCCCAGGAGUGUCCUGGGUGCACCCAGAUGGAGUUGGUGUCCAGAUUGACACCAUCACCCCAGAGAUCAGAGCCCUCUAUAAUGUCUUGGCCAAAGUGAAGAGGGAGAGAGAUGAGUAUAAACGCAGAUGGGAAGAAGAAUAUACAAUGAGGAUGGAUCUGCAACAGAAGAUUGCAGACCUGCAAGAGGACCUGCAUGAGAGUGAAGGCUGCCAGGAUGAGCUGGCUCUCAGAGUUCAGCAGCUGAAGGCAGAGCUGGUUCUCUUCAAAAGCCUCAUGAGCAAUAACGUGUCAGAAUUGGACACUAAGAUCCAGGAGAAAGCCAGGAAGGUGGAUAUGGACAUCUGCCGCAGGAUUGAUAUCACUGCUCGUCUGUGUGACGUCGCUCAGCAGAGGAACUGUGAAGACGUGAUCCAGAUGUACCAGGUUCCUAACCCCCAGUCAUCCCUAAACUGUAGACGGAAACAAACCCCUCUGUCGUUUAAUGGGAACGAAUGCGAUGAGCCUGUCAGCACCUCUGAAAGUGAUGGAGUUGUGGUCAAAGAUGAGGAACAAUGUGGUUCAUCAGCCAAUCAGAUCAAUGAGGAGAUGCAGAGGAUGCUGAACCAGCUACGUGAAUGUGAGUUUGAGGAUGACUGUGACAGUUUGGCCUGGGAGGAGACUGAAGAGACUCUGCUUCUUUGGGAGGACUUCCCAGGAUGCACUCUGCCCCUGGACCCCACCCAUUCAACAGGAGAGGAGGACUGUCUUGAAAAGGUGAUUAGUGACACAGAAUGCCUGUUUAAGUCCAGAGAGAAGGAAUACCAGGAGACGAUUGACCAGAUUGAGCUGGAACUGGCCACAGCUAAGAGUGACAUGAACCGACACCUGCACGAGUACAUGGAGAUGUGCUCAAUGAAGAGAGGCCUGGAUGUUCAGAUGGAGACCUGCAGGAGGCUCAUCACGCAGAGCGGAGACAGCUCUGCGGUAUCGGUGUCCUCUGAUGAGAGUGACCAGAGAGACAACGACAAGUCUUCAGCAUCUUCCAGCGCUGGGAGAUCUUGACACCUCCUAACCCUGGCAGUAAGGCAGGCCGUGGUCAUGUGACCACCACCGCAUCCAUCUACAAUACCACACCAACACAAUACACACUUGGUUCUAUGGCACCACCAUAUUUCCACAUCAGUCUUUUCAUUUACUGACUCAUAUUGCUUGUUCAUGUGUCAUCCAGACAAAUUGGCUUUGGUCUGAGGAGACGUUGAGCACUAAAACUUUGACUGAGUAGCAGAGCUGGGUUAUUGUCAGUAUGUACACAUGUCACUGCCCUGCAGUAAUAGCAGGACCUUUUCAUCUUGUGUUAGACAGCAGUUGUUGGUGAAUUGAAUCUUCUAAUGAAGAAUUAUCCUGUGAAGAUUCAGCAGGUUGAAUAUUGUAAAUUUAAUGCGAGCUAAUUGUCUGAUGUCCCUCUGAUGGCGUGAGGCAGCGCUCUAGGCUAGAGAAGAGCAUAGCUUGACCAACAAGCACUUGUUAACCUGGCAUCUUACAAUAAUCUAGCACAUUUUCAUAACUGUGUCAUGGCUCUGACAACUUUAGAGCUACAUCUACACAAUGUAGUCUUAUAAUUUACAAUCUGUCAGCAAACCAACAACAAAGAGCAGCAGAUACAGUUGAAGCCAGAGGUUUACAGGCACUUAGGUUGAAGUCAUUAAACCUUUUUUUAACCACUCCACAGAUGUCAUGUUAAACUCUCAUUUUGGUAAUUCAGUCAGGAAGUAUUUUAUGCAUGACACACAAGUAAUUUUUCCAACAGUGGUUUACAGACAGAUUAUUUCACUGAUCGUUCACUAUAUCACAGUUCCAGGGGGUCAGAAGUUUACAUACACUCAGUCGACUGGGCCUUUAAACAGCUUGGAAAAUUCUAGAAAAUGAUGUCA